AUGCCACGAAAGAACUGGAAUUCCCUCUACCAAGACUGGCCAAAGCUACUCAACCAAUCACCCGAAGCAAGAAACGCAUAUGUUGAUGCUAUUUUGGACCACAGUGUUGACCAAGAUGUAGCAUAUAUUCGUCACCAUUAUACUCGUGGUCGAGGGCGGGAGGUCGACUUUAGGUGCCGAGAUUCAAUCACAGAACUUGGACAAUCAAUUCUGGGGGAUGAAGACCAGCAAAUUCGCUAUUCGACUCGCAUGACUUACGUGCCCUUGAUUUCUCGCUCAAAGCUAUCAAGACAGAACUUUUCGACAAGCGGUUUUGUCUUAGGACAGAAAAGGGAUGCCGAGGAGGCCGGGUUUCCAGAAGAAUAUGCAAGCGAAGAAGAACUUGGGGACACCAGGUCAAUCCCUUGUUCAGCAGGAAAGAGUUCUUCGGGCAGUUUUACCAUUCUGGGAGAGUUGAUCCUUUCUCGCCCACCCAGUGAGCUCGAACAGCGCGCUGAACAACUGGAGCCUUAUCUGGAGGAAUUAGAUAAUCGAAAUAUGAAAGAACUUGAUUGCCCUAUCAAAAACCUGCAUGCUGCGUUCCAGAAGUUCAAAGAAGAUGAGAUCUCAACUUGGAAGACAAUUCAGCAUAUGGAUGUCUUACCAGAAGCGCUAUCACCGGAUUUCCUUGUAAAACCAUCGGGGUCUUUAAGCUCACCAAUUGCCCACCACCUCAAUCAACCGACUUUCACGACGGGCAAGGAAAAUAUUCGAGAAGGCGAAGUGGCUGACCCGAUGAACGGCUGCACAUCUAUGGUGAUGGGGAAUCUCUAUGAGACAGGUGAAACCCUUAUGUUUGAUCAUAUUGCAUUACGUAUUCAAUGCAAGCUAAAAAUCGAAGUGGUUUGGGGUGUGAAGGUCCAGCAGCGCCUGGUCAAAACGAAAGAAUUCGAGGUCCUGCCGCUUUGGGGAGAGUUUAAAGACGUGGUUAUCAUGCUUUCAAAAGAAAGUAACUACGGGAAUGCCGAUCCUCGCUACAGAUUCCGACGGAUUAUACUUUGCUUGGCUCAUCCAGGUUAUAUGUACUGGCAAAAGAAGGACGAUUCGGAGACCUCCGCCAGACAAGACAGGGCUCUGAAAGCUGCGGCCUUGAUGGCUCGCAAGAUUGAUAUCUGGAAAAGGAACUACUUUUUGGACAAGUUAUGGUUCAAAUCUGUCCCAGGAAAAGCCAGGUUAAUGGAGCUGAAAGCCUACGCAAAUGCAUUAGAAAAAGAGCGACAUAUUCCCAAACCCACCAUUCUGCAGGUGGACAACAAUAUGCCUCCUACGACCCUGAGGCCAUCAGCAGCAACGGGGGACUGGGAUAUAUUUUUCAACAGUACCCCCCACAGUAACCAAGCCUUUCGAGAACUGAUCCCGGAGGCUUUAGGGGCCCUAGAGAAGUGCACUUCCGACUGGCAGUCACCUUCUGACCUACCGGAACCAGUACUCAGAUGGUUUCAAGGACAGAAAGAGAUCUUAUUUUACAAUAUUCCUGUCUCGAGCUUCAAUGAUGUAACCAGGAAGCUCGAAACAAUUGUCCCAAGUACGAGAUUCGGGCAAGGCCCAUCUGAGGGCUUGGGAGAGCUGUUGAUACGUUUGAUGGGCGCCAAGUUGACCUCGUUUGCACGAGAUGCGGAAGUGCCGCUAGCACAGAUCAUCAGCCUCGGUGGGCGGUCUCAAUGCCUGGUUGCUAUAUCGCUCGCACCCGACGAUGCCAGAGCAAGAGCACGGACUGCUCUGGAAAGCGUGUAA